CAAAUGUACACAAAAAACACCGAUAUGGAAAAGCUGUGCGCUUCCGGUUUUGUUGAUUGUGAAUUUUAAUUUAUUUUAUUUAAUCGAACAAAUGGGUCACCUGGACAAGUGCCGCAUUUGCUCUUGCGGAGUGGCCAGCGAUGACGAGGCCUACAAUCUAUUGGAAGCAUCAGACCUGGCCGCCAAAUUCACAGAAUGCACCAAUUUGAAAGUGAAUCCCGAAGAGCAAGAUACGUUGCCCAGCGAAAUAUGUGCCGAAUGUUACGAGCUGCUUGAAAAGUUCCACUCCUUUCGAGCAUUAUGCAUUAUUGCCGAUAAAAGGUGGCGGUCCAAUAGCCUCGUUACGAGAAAGAAAAUAGACUGGAGAGAACGGGUCCUUGAGGUGGAGGAAAGCGAAGAGGAGCGGCAACAGGAAGAGGAAAUCCAACAUCCUUUGGAAGAGCCAGAGCUAAUCAUUUGCGAUUCCAACAUGAGUUCCGAAAAAACACCACCAAAAUUGAAGAGGAAAACCAUCCCCAAAAAAGUUAAGAAGCCACCCAAACCUCAACCUGUUAAGAAAGCUAAAGAAGAACUCCCACCGCCCAAAUUCAAGUGCGACAUCUGCUCCGACGAGUUUAGAGAGGAACGACGCCUGAUCCUGCACAAAAAAGAACACGAAGGCCACAUGCUGUAUCACUGUUCUGAGCCUGGAUGCGAGGAGGCCUUUAAUCGAUUCGAGACCCUUAGACAGCAUGAACUGGAGCAUUCGGAGGUGGGCACGCGGUUCAUCUGCAUGGAGGAGGGUUGCAACAGGAUGUACCGGCACAAGGCUUCGCUCAAACAUCACCAAAGCAAGGCGCAUGCAAUUGGCAAGCCUUUGAAAACCCACAUGUGCGAGUUCUGCGGCCGGGUGUUUAAAAACUUAUCCGCCCUGAGUCAGCAUCGGUUCACGCACGACGAUCAAAUGAAAUUGCCAUAUGCCUGUGAACUACCGGAUUGCCCUUGGCGGUUCUACAGCAAGGAAAAGCUCAAGAUCCACAUGAUGCGCCACCAGGGAAUUAAGAACUAUAGCUGCCCUUAUUGUGGACUCAAGAAGACAACGAAAAAUGAACUGCGGCUCCACAUCAACUUCCAUACGUUAGAGCGGACAUGGUCCUGCAAAGACUGUCCCAAAGUAUGCAACAGUUCGACGAGUCUCAAGAAGCAUGUGCGCACGAUUCACGAAAAGGCCCGUGAUUUUGCGUGCAACUAUUGCGAAAAGAGAUUUGCCACCUCGGAUACGCGGAAAUACCACGAGAUGACCCACACUGGCGAGAAGAACUUUGAGUGUCAUGAGUGUGGCAAGCGAUUUAUUCAGCCCUCUGCUUUGCGUACUCACCGCAAAAUCCAUGAGUUCGAGGAGGUUCCUCAACCAUCUUAUACUAUACUCCAAGUUACUACUAUAGGUCAAGUAAGCUAACUUGCAUAUUUUCUAUCUUUUUCGAUGGAUAAGCUUCAAUUUUUAAUAUUGUAGUCAAACACUUAAAACUUAAUGUUUUGUAUGCUUUUUAAACAAAUUUUUAUUUGCCCAAAAUAGGGAUGUUUUAUAGUUCAAAAAAAGGAAUAGGAAAAUGUUUCAUAAAAAAAGUUUCGUUUGUUUAUUUUGAAAGGUGUUGUUAUUUAAUUUAAAGCAGAUAUUUAUUAAUUUUUUAGUUUGG